CCUCCAGAAACUCGCCUUUUACUCCAAAAUGCAAGAAGCCCCGGAGAGCGGCAGCAGCGCCGGCGCCAGCAGCUCCUUCUCCAGCCACCCCGCGGCCAGCAUCAAGGAGGAGGACUGCAGCCCCGAGAAGGAGCGACCCCCCGAGGCCGAGUACAUCAACUCCCGCUGCGUCCUCUUCACCUACUUCCAGGGGGACAUCAGCGCCGUGGUGGACGAGCACUUCAGCCGGGCCCUCAGCCAGCCCAGCAGCUUCUCGCUGGGCAGCGCGAAGGCAGCGCGGAACGCCGGCUCCUGGCGGGACGGCUCCUUCCCGAUGAGCCAGCGCAGCUUCCCACCGUCUUUCUGGAACAGCACGUACCAGCCCUCCUCGGUCCCAGCCACCCUGAGCAGCCCCCUGGCAGCUGCCGCCCACAGCGAGCUGCCCUUCGCCGCCGCCGCCGCCGACCCCUACGCGCCGGCCUCCCUGCACAGCCACCUGCACCAGGGCGGCCCCGAGCCCUGGCACCAUGCCCACCACCACCACCACCACCACCACCACCACCCUUACAUCGGGACACAGAGCACCCCCUACCCCCGCCCCGCCGCCAUGCACGAGGUCUACGGACCCCACUUCGACCCCCGCUACGGCUCGCUCCUGGUGCCCACCGCCUCCGUCCGCCCCCACCGCCUCACCCCCGCCUCCGUCCCCACGCCGGUCAGCCCCCCCUGCGAACUGGGCAAGAGCGAGGCGGGCGCCGCCGCGGCCUGGACGACGCCGGGACCCUUCCCCAACGCGGCGGGGGAGAUGAGCCUCGGCCUCAACGUGGACACAGCUCGCCGUUACUCCUUCUGUGGUGGAUCCCUUCUGAGCUGAUGUGCUGACUCAAAGACUCUCAGAUCCCCCCUUGCCCUUUUCCAAGCCCACCGUGGCCCGGCAGCUCGGGGAAAGACAACGGGACUUAAAAGGACCCGGCAUUGCAAGGACGGUACUUUAGACUUAUUUCGGAGAGGAAAAUCCUUCCAUUGCAAGAGGAGAGCCAAAGACGUUGAACUUCUAUUUAAGCAGAUCCCACAGCCAGAACUGCAGUCAGACUACUCUAAAAGAGUCAAAUGACGUCAUGGAUGGUGAUGCAAAACCACUGGCCUUCGUACAGGGCACAGAGGAAAUCAUGGGGGUUUUUUUUUUAGUGGUGUGAAUAUUUUUUUAUGGCAGUAAAAAUUAUUUCUCGAAUGCAAACAUGGGAAAGCUACUUAGCAGUUUUGAACUGGAUUUUUACUUUACAUUAUAGAAAAGUAAAAGGAGAAGAAACUGGAACUCACUAACAUUUUCGGGCUAUCAAGGAACUGGUCAGAUUUUUCAGCUUUGUGGUUGUGAGUGGCAAGUGUCUGGCCGGGGCCACCUGCCCCGGGCUUACAGAGAUGCAGCUGUUCCACGCACAACUGCUCAAACCCCAGAAAGACAAAAACCAAGGUGGCACUUCUCAGAGUUU